AUGAAGUUUCGGGGAAAGAUUGUCGAAGUGGCCUGUCUCAACCAUUUCACACGAGUGGUGAGCACCAUCUCCAAGCUGACCAAGGCGUGCGUGCUGCGUCUGACAGCAGAUCAUCUUUUCUUCGUCCUCUGCGGUAAAGUGGCGGGGGGAGGUGUGGCCAUGUGGUGCGAGUUGGCCCAGGCCAACAUAUUUGACGAGUACCAGAUGGAGGGCAUGAGCGCCCAGGAUAACCAGAUUUGCCUGGAAGUGAUACCGGAGAACAUCUUCCGCGCCCUCAGGACCGUCCAGAAUGCCAAAAGCGUCAAAGUCAAGCUGACCAACAAGCACUGCCCUUGCCUCACCAUCGCCGCUGAGCUACCCACCAUGUCCAGCAUCAGCCGUGUGGUCACGCAUGACGUCCCUGUCGAAGUGGUCCCCCGCCGCCUGUGGCACGAGUUCCAAGAGCCUGGCGUGCCCGACUUUGACGUCAGCGUCUACCUGCCGCCGCUGAAGAUCAUGAAGAACGUGGUGGACCGGAUGAAGAACCUCUCCAACUUCCUAGUGGUGGAAGCCGAUGCGAGCGGCCAAAUGACCCUGAAGAUCGAGACGGACCUGGUGUCGGUCACCACUUACUUUAAAGAUCUAGGAAAUCCUCAGUGGGAUGAGCGUGACACCCGAGACGGUGGUGACGCUGACGUGACUGCGGAGGCUCGCGUGGACAUCAGAAAGCUGCAGCAGUUCUUGGUGGGUCAGCAGGUCAACCCAAGCAAGGCCAUUUGCAAUAUCGUCCACCAGAGGGUGCUCCACCUGAUACUUCUCCACGACGAUGUUUCCUUGCAGUACUUCAUACCCGCAGUGGCCUAG